UCCACACAUCAAAGGAUCUUGGCGCCAAUGGCCAACUGCGUUUACACAUUGGCGCUUCAUUCAGUUGGUCGUCAGCCGUCGGAGAGGACAGUAGUGAAAGAUUCAUGGAGAUACUAAAUUCUAAGUUGGUGAAAUGUAUGUUUAGGAAGUAUCUUGCAUGUUUUUUAUCAACAAAUACCUAUUGAUUGAUAAUAAUAACAUACAAUUAUAAUUUAAAAAAAAAAACGAAAUAAGUCUGAUAUGAAAAUUAGAGUGUUCCUAUUUCAGCCGAUUUGAGUUUAUGUUUUUUAUUUACAAAAAAAUCACGAAAUUGGAAUCGUCCAUGCGGCAAAAACAUUUGCGCGUAUUUUUUAAUUUGCCGCUUUUUUCUAAUGGCGAGAUGGCUAUUAGGGCACAGAAUAUAAUUAUGUAUAGUACAGACCACUAAGUACUUUGCUGUUCACGAAAUACCGCCUUUUUUUACAUAAUUCCUGAUCGUAAUUCCUAUUUAAGCCUGGCGUCCACUAUGGCGGAAUCGAGUCCUCAUAAAUUUCCUCAUAAAGCCUUAAUUUAAGGACGCAGUGUUAUAAAAAAAUUUAACGCAGUAAGCAAAUUAACGAGACUCGACUCGCCGAACCUAGUGGACUAGUGGAGCGUGGUGGUGGUGGCUUUAUAAGAGGGCGCCCACACGGGCGACUUUUCGCUGCAACUUUUUUGUCGAGUGGACAUAUUUGUUUGAAAGUGCACUUUCAUACUAGUCCAUGAUCGUGACAAGAAGUCGCCCGUGGGCGCACUCUCUAAAGAAACGAACCGCACACGCGCUGCGACCGACGAUAGGGUUCCAUAUGGAUUAAAACAAAUACCUACCUAACGAAUUUUAUUAAUACUCUGAUAAAAAGUUUUCUAGUAUAUUUAAGUAUUGGGUACUUUCUGGGUAUAUAUACAGUAUCUAUACAUAUAGCUCCUUACGACAACACACGCGCGCUCCCUCAAGCGCUACUUGUGCACUAUAGAUUACUCAUAUUUUAAGAGAUAAGAUAAUUUAGACCUCAGCUACUGUGACCUGGGUGGCCGAGUGGAAACAGGCAUCUGCCGCGAUUGCAGAGUACACUGGUUCGAUUCCAGCCUCAGGCACAGUGGAGACCUUGGUGACUUUUUCUUUCAUACGUGUAAUUUAUUUCGGUUGUAUCAUCAUUAUUUUGCCCUCUUCCCACUAUUUGGGGUCGGCGUAGUAGAUUUUCCUCCUACAUUCCUCUCUAGCAGCCGUCAUUUUCAUACGAACACCUUUCACUCUCAUAUCAUUGUUCACACAUUCCAUCCAUCUUUUCUUAGGCCUUCGCCUUCCACUACCGUUGUCGCCGCUGAAACCGAAACGCGCCGCACCGCGCUGCGGAAAAAUUGCUUUCAUCCCUCCGUACAACAUGCCCAAUUGCCCAUGCCCAUACCAUGAUAAUCUGCUUCCUCUCACCUUCUAUGUCACUGGCGCUACUCUCAGGCUUCCCCUUAUAUACUAAUUCCGAAUCCUAUCCCGUCUUGUCACACCACACAUACAUCGCUAUAUUUUAAUUUCAUUUACAUGAAGACUUCUCUCAUCCUUCUUCUUGACGGCCCAGCACUCACUUUCAUACAAGACGACAGGUCGGAUAACACAGAUUUAUAAAUUUUCCCCUUCAGCCUAAGGGGCAUGCGGGGAACGUUGUGCCUGUGAGCUGACGCCGUUUCAUCCACCCUACGUUAAUUCUGUGCUGAACUGCUUUGUCGAUCUCGCUAUAUCCCUGAAUGAGAGAACCUAGGUACCUACUUAAAAUCCGAGCAAGCGUCAUGGCAACAGGGACGGAAAGAUCGCCGAAGUCGCAGAAAAGAUACUCAGUUUUAGAUCUGCUGAUCUUCAACAAGCCAACAUUUUCCAGCCUUUAUUUCGGUUUUCGGUUUUAAUCACUAGCGUUGAACUUUUCCGUGAGACUUAGUCAAUAGUAGAUCUGUGUAAGAAAGUCCUAUGGUAUUUAUUUUAGUCAUGAUUGUCUAUUUAACUAAGCUUUAUUAGUCAUACCAAGCGCAUAUGAAGUUUAAAAAAACUCAGGGCGUAAAGUAACAAAAGAAAGUGCGAACGUGCGUUCUGUAAGAACGCGCGCCACCCCAGGGUACCUACGAAGCCGAAUGGCACAAACGGUCACGAAACGAAAGGCUCGUAGGUACAGUCAACCAAUUGGAACCCUAGGCCACUGUAGAACUAUGUCACAGUGACAUUAGAAAUCAGUUGUAAGAAAUCUGAACUGCUUGUCAUUUUGACAUGGUUGUAGAGUGGCCUAGGGUCUAUUAUAUAUUCUGUGCUAGGGUUCCAAUUGGUUGACUGUACCUAUCCUAUCGCUCUGUAGUCUGGCUCUGUCGCUCCAAUCCGCAAGAGCGAUAGAAAUAGAUAUCUACGAGCGUUUCGUUUCGUGAGGGGGUGUGAGCAUUUGGCUGCGCACGCUGAUUAGCCAGCCCGAAUACCGCCAGCGCGGCGAUAGAAUCGCGGAGUGAGCCGCCCCUGGCUAGAGCUAGAUAGCUUUUGGCACAUGAUCGUGCCAUACCAAGGUCAUGGUGCGGCACGGCGUUUAGGGUAUAUGCACCCACGGGCGGUUUUGUGUCCCACGUAGCGACACAUCUUUUAACAAAAACACAUCCAAGAGACAAAUAGUCGCCCGUGGGUGCAUACUCUCAUUCAUAUUUCAUAUAUUAUGACGACCGGUCUGGCGCAGUCGGUAGUGACCCUGCCUGCCGGUCCCGGUUUCGAAUCCCGGUAGGGGCAUUUAUUUGUGUGAUGAGCAUAGAUAUUUGUUCCUGAGUCAUGGAUGUUUUCUAUGUAUUUAAGUAUGUAUAUAGUCGCUUAGCACCCAUAGUACAAGCUUUGCUUAGUUUUGGGCUAAGUUAGUCUGUGUAAGGUGCCCCCAAUAUUUAUUUAUUUUAUUUAUAUCAUGCGUAAAGCCGCUAACAGAUUACCGAACAUGUCCUAUAAAUGACAGCUAUAAUAAGGCAGAUCUUUCUCUCCGUCAAGUUUUAAAAAUGCAUCGUUGACACAGCCCGGUAAAUGUUAGCUACUAGACGUGUAGCGUAGGAUUUGACGGUUACCAUCACGAGCGUGGAGAUAAGCUCAUCGCAGUACACGACAGUCUGUUAGGGUCUUUGUUGUCAACGAGAUGUAUUAAGUCCGUGUGAACAGCGGCCAUUGAAAUUUGGCGCCAAUUUAGAUGUUUAAAAAGUUACUCAGAUAUUUUAUGAUUAUUGCUGUUGAAAUUUUCACACUGCAUGUAUCUGAUGUAUCAAUAUAACUUCAACAGGAUUUAAAAUAUAGUAUUUCAAACUCCAUUUUUUAUUCAAUCCAAAUUACCCACUUAAGUAGUGUAGUACAGUCGAGUUACGAUGGCGUGGACUAGCAGCGAGGUGCUACAAUUUAUCGAAAACUACCGAAACGAACCGGUAAUAUGGAACCCAAAGAAUGUACACCAUAAGAACAAAAACAAGGUUAAUGAUGCAUGGAGUCGCAUAGCUGAAAACAUGCAUGUGCCUAUAUCAGAAUUAAAAAGGAAAAAGGAGUCAUUGAUGACAAGUUUCAGAAUACACAACAAAAAGAAAAAUGAAUCAAUAAAGUCAGGAAUGGGUGAAGAUGAACGCUAUACCCCUAUUUGGCCAUUUUAUGAACCACUUGAAGCCUUCUUAAAAGGUGUUUACGAAUGUAAUAGCGUUAUAAAUUCGUAUGUAGAGGAAAACGAAGCACAGGAUUCGCCUUUGUCCCCUGCUCACACAGAAAAAAAUACAAAUUCAGCGACAGAAAUUGGUUGUAGUGCCGAAAGUUCUAAUUCUACACCCGCAAUUAAAACAAAGUCAAAGGAUACAGCACUUCCACAAUUAAAGCGUCGUUCUAAAAAUCCAUUAGAACUAUCUGAGGCCAACAGAGAAAUGAAGAACGCAUUUAACACCCUAAAUAAAGCACUAGAAAAAAAUACUAGGCACGAAGAAGAUGACUGUGACUUAUAUGGUAAACUUCUUGCUGCAAAAUUAAGAAAAUUUCCGGACAAUGAAAGAGAAGAUAUAAUGCUAGAAAUAGAUAGCAUGGUGAUGAAAAGACGCCGAAAUAUCCAAACUGUCGCUAAUACAUAUAACUUAAUCAAUCGUCCACCCUCCUCGCAAAGUUAUCAAUCUGAAUGGUCACAGUCAUCUUCUUCACCUCACAAUCGACCACACUCAACCCAAUCAACCGUUUCAAGUUAUUGCACCAUUCCUAAUAAAACUUCGCACAGUCAACCUCAGUUUGUUCAGUGGAGUCCUAAUGAGUCAAAGUCCUCACGUCCCGUCAUUCGCAUACUUUCAAAUGACAUAUAUUCACCUGCCCAAACCCUACAAUCCUCAGAACAAGCUGUAGAAUUUCAUAUACCAGAAUCUGACGAAUUUUACAACAAUUUACAGUCCGAGUCAGAGUCACUGCUAGAUUCUCAAAAUAUUAUAUUUAAGGCUUUUCAAGACGCAUAAAUGUCGCGCACGCAUUUGCUAUAAAUAUUUUAAAAAAUAUUAAAAAAUGAAAAUU